AAUUUUUAAUAAACGUCAGUCAAUUUUGUCAUGAGAAAGUGCAUCGAAUGUACAGCCACCGCCUCUUCAUUCGUCCUUUUCGUCAUCACUUUCCCCAUUUCCAUAUUUGCCUGCCUUAAAAUUGUACAAGAGUACGAACGAGCUGUUAUUUUCCGGUUGGGGCGACUCCGGUCAGGGGGCCCCCGAGGCCCCGGAAUUUUUUUCAUCCUCCCGUGUAUAGACGACUACAUCAAAAUUGACCUCAGAACUGUUACUUUCGAUAUACCGCCACAAGAAGUCUUAAGUAAAGACUCAGUCACAAUAUGGGUGGACGCAGUUGUCUAUUUCCGAGUCGAAGACCCUUUGGCUGCAAUACUUAAAGUGGAAAAUUUUCGAACAUCGACACAUUUAUUAGCGAUGACGACUCUCCGAAACAUCUUGGGGACAAAAACCUUGAUGGAGAUUUUAUCAGACCGUGAAAAUAUCGUACAUUUGAUGCAAACACAAUUAGAUGUUGCCACAGACCCUUGGGGAAUCAAAGUGGAACGGGUCGAAAUAACUGAUAUCAGAUUACCCCAAAGUCUGCAACGAGCAAUGGCGACGGAAGCCGAAGCUUCGCGCGAAGCUCGUGCCAAAAUAAUCGCAGCCGAGGGUGAAAUGAACGCUGCUAAAGCCUUAAAGUUGGCUGCUGAUACUAUAAUCCAAUCACCAGCUGCAAUUCAGUUGAGGUAUUUACAAACACUGAGCAAUAUUUCAGCUGAGAAAAACUCAACGAUUGUUUUCCCCAUUCCGAUAGAGCUUUUUAGUCAUUUUAAAAGAGGCAACUAAUUGUAGUUUUGUAUUCUUUAAUUUGGUGUUACAAAAUCAAAAAUAAAAAGUGAUUCCAGGCAAAAAAAUAAUACUUAAAAAUACA